AUGUUUCCCGCUGCUGCGUCGUCGAUCUAUCAAUCGCCGAAAUGUUUUGUGACAUACGGUACUAUGGGCCAUGUUGAUACUAACCAAGCUCCUCGUAAAGGCAAGCCUUGGGCUGCAAUUACGUCGUUAGAUUUUGUUCACAAGGUCGACCUAAUACUGCCUGCAGAAGUACAUGAUGCAGUUAGUGAGCAACUUGCCAAAGCCAGCAAGUCUCCACGCUAUUCAAGAGUGGUAAUGUCUUUGGGAGAUGUCUUGCAAGGAGACUUCUUUACAGAGUACAUCAAGAGGGGUGAUAUUCUCAUGCUCUCAGAAGGACAAACGACUGUUGGCACUUUGUUCACUUUGCGGGAAGGUGUUCUUACAAUGUUUGUGGAUAAAGAAACGUAUGAGCGUGCAGGCCUUCCUGGAAAGCCAUAUGGCCCAAAGGGUGGAAGAGGAACCAAACCUCGAUGGAUUAUAACGUACAACCUCAGGGAUCCAUCUAUGUUGCGGGGAAAGAAGGGGUUUGAUAGAUUGAUCUAUGCCUGUAAGACCGUCUUCAAUCGACCUAUGACAUGGCUAUUUUGCGACAACACAACCCAAACCCCUAGUCCAGAACCCAUACAACAGUUCUUUCCCACAGCCUUCACCUCAACACCCAUCGCGUCCCAAGAUCUUGCCGUUCUGCAACCGAAUCUUGAUGUUGACCCAGAAAUUCUUGCUGAGAACGAUCGUGAAGCCCUCGAGUACUUUGCUACAGAGAGUUACGAAUGGCUCUCGCUCAUUCGUCUGGCCAGUCCACGUGUAAAGCCUCGGGAUAGUAUCGAUCCCUAUCUGUCACGGUAUUGCGUGCCCGGUGAUAAGACCCAGGAAACCAGGAUCCGCAAAAUAAGUUGGGAGGGCUUCAUGUCGACGCAAUGGCUCCAUGGCCUACUCAUGAAUGUGUUGGCAGUUUACCCUUCAGGAACAUGGUUUUCUCUUGGCGCCACAUGUUUCUCAAAGAGUGUACCAGGAACAAGUGAUGAACUCACUAUCCUCAGACCUCCUAAUGCAGCCGGCAAAUAUCUCAUGUGGGAGAUUAAGGCAUCGACUUAG